AUGAGCACAGAAGAUAUGCAAUCGGCCGCCGCAAAAUUCUUCACCGCAAAACAAUUCGCCGUCGCAGGCGCCUCAUCAUUCCCCUCCAAAUUCGGCCAUCGCAUAUUCGCCUGGUACCUCCAACAUGAUCUCCCAGCAAUCCCUCUGAACCCAACCUGCUCAAGCGUACAAGUGCGACAGAAGGAAUAUGAGACCGUACCUUCGCCUUUCCAAGUUCCCAAUCCAAAGGAAACGGGUUUGUCGGUGAUUACUCCGCCACCUAUCACUGGGAAAUUGCUACAGGAAGCCAAAGAGGCUGGUAUUAUGGCUGUUUGGCUGCAGCCUGGCAGUUUCACCCAGAAGGAAUUGGAGUAUGCGCUUGAAGAGUUCCCAGGUGCUGCGGUUGGAGGAUUUGCUGAAGGGACUGUUGGUGGUGAGGGAUGGUGUGUGUUGGUUGAUGGAGAUCGGGCGAUGGAGGCUGCUGGACGGGAAAGGACCAAAUCGAAGCGGCAAGUUGAGAGAGGGGAGGAGAAACUUUGAUUCUUUCUUUCCUGACGAAUGCCAGUACAGUGAAUCGCACAUCUAAACGAUCACUACGACCAAAGGUCGAAGGCGUGAGAAACCAGCCUCCACGGAAUGCUGCGAAGAAACAGAAAACCAGUCGUGGAGAGCGUAUCGACAGAGCAAGUCAAGCCCAAGGCACAGAGUGA